UUCGGUCUCUUCCCCAAUCCCUCUCUUUCCUCCCUCAGCCUUCCCCGUGCAUAAAGUCUCGGUCGUUCUCGGAACUUGUUGGCAAUGCCUAUUUUUCGGCUUUCCCCCGCGUUCUCUAAACUAACUAUUUAAAGGUCUGCGGUCGCAAAUGGUUUGACUAAACGUAGGAUGGGACUUAAGUUGAACGGCAGAUAUAUUUCACUGAUCCUCGCGGUGCAAAUAGCUUACCUGGUGCAGGCCGUGAGAGCUGCAGGCAAGUGUGAUGCAGUCUUUAAGGGCUUUUCGGACUGUUUGCUCAAACUGGGCGACAGCAUGGCCAACUACCCGCAGGGCCUGGACGACAAGACAAACAUCAAGACUGUGUGCACAUACUGGGAGGAUUUCCACAGCUGCACGGUCACAGCCCUUACGGAUUGCCAGGAAGGGGCGAAAGAUAUGUGGGAUAAACUGAGAAAAGAAUCCAAAAACCUCAACAUUCAAGGCAGCUUAUUCGAACUCUGCAGCAGCGGCAACGGGGCGGCGGGGCCCCUGCUCCCAGCGCUCCCCGUGCUCCUGGUGUCUCUCUCGGCAGCUUUAGCGACCUGGCUUUCCUUCUGAGCCCGGGAGCCAGCUCUCCCUCGAGCCCCCCCCCCCCACCCCUGUCCCGCGCGCGCACCCACACUCACUCCAUGCUCCCAGAAAUCGAGAGGAAGAUCCAUUCGUUCUUUGGGGACGUUGUGAUUCUCUGUGAUGCUGAAAACAUUCAUAUAGGGUUGUGGGAAACCUUGAUUCUCUUUUUCAUUUUGUUUGAUUUCUUGUUUUAUUUGUCAAAUGGUACCAAUCAGUAAGCAAGCAAGCACAGCCCAUACCGGACCUCAGAUUUAUUCCGUCUUCACAUUAAAGAAAACGGCAAACACCCCCAUUUAAAAUUUUUCUUUUCUUUUUCUUU